CCUUCCCUUCCCUUCCUAAAUAUGUGCCCUAACAAUAAAAUCCACUAUCCCACCGCGGCCCCAUUCCCCCUCCUCCUCCUCCUCCUCCUCCUCCUCUUUCUUCCUCCCACAACCCCUCUUCAUUCCCUCACAUUUCCCUACUCCCCGCAGCGGCGGCGGCGGCGGCGGCCAUGGACUUCCGGAGGUGGUGUUCUCAUCGGGUCCUCCCUUUCUCGCUAUUAUCGUCAUCGUUAUUAUUAGUAUUAGCAAUCUUCUUCUCUCAACUAGCCCCUGCGGUUAGGGCGAAUGCGGUCUUCCCCGUCCGCCACAAGUACGGCGGCUCCGCCGGCCGGGCGAAGGUGGCGCUGCGCGAGCUGCGCGCCCACGACUCCCGCCGCCACGGCCGAAGCCUCGCCGACGUGGACUUCGCGGUGGGCGGCGACGGGUCCCCGACCAGCGCGGCGCUCUACUUCACGAAGGUCACGAUCGGGACCCCCCCGGGCGACUACCACGUGCAGAUCGACACCGGCAGCGACAUCCUCUGGGUGAACUGCAAGGACUGCGAGAACUGCCCGACCAAGACCGACCUGAAGAUCCAGCUGCGGCAGUACGACGUCGGGGCGUCGUCGACGGGGCGGGCGGUGGGCUGUGACCAGGAGUUCUGCAGCGCCGUGUUCCAGGACAACCCCCUGCAGAACUGCAAGGCCGGCAUGAACUGCGAGUACUCCGUCUCCUACGGCGACGGCAGCAAGACGCAGGGCUUCUUCGUCCGCGACACCUUCGCCUUCGACCAGGUCUCCGGCAGCCACCAGACCUCCCCCAUGGACGGCUCCAUCGCCUUCGGCUGCUCCUACAAGCAGUCCGGCGACUCCUCGGCCUCCUCGUCGCAGGCCGUGGACGGCAUCGUGGGGCUGGGGCAGGCCAACACGUCCAUCCUCUCGCAGCUGGCCCAGGCCGGGAAGGUCCGGCGGGUCUUCUCCCACUGCCUCGACGGCCGCAAGGGCGGCGGCGUCUUCGCCAUCGGGGAGGUGGCGGAGCCGCGGUUCAACUCGACGCCGCUGGUGCCCAACCAGCCGCACUACAACGCGGAGCUGGAGUCCAUCACGGCCGGCGACGCGAAGCUGCGGCUGCCCUGGGACUUCUUCGGGCUGGCGUCGGCCAACCGGGCGGUGAUCGACAGCGGCACCACGCUGGCGUACCUUCCGGCCGACAUGUACAACCAGGUAGUGGAGCAGGUGCUGGCGCGGCAGCCGGGGCUGAAGCUGUACCUGCUGGAGGGGGAGUUCAAGUGCUUCAGCUUCGGCGGGGAGGUGGACGAGGGCUUCCCCGUCGUCAGCUUCAACUUCAAGGGGGCCCCCCCGCUGGCGCUGCGGGUGUACCCGCGCGACUACCUCUUCGAGGUGGGCGACGGCGAGUACUGCAUCGGCUGGCAGAGCAGCGGGGUGCGCAGUCGCGAGGGCCACGAGAUGACGCUGCUGGGGGACCUGGCGCUCUCCGACAAGCUGGUGGUCUACGACCUCGAGCGCCAGGCCGUGGGCUGGACGGAGCACGACUGCUCCACCGGGAUCAAGCUCAGGGAUAACGCCUCCGGCAACGCCUACGACGUCAGCGCCACCAACCUGUCGGGCUCGCCGCUCUUGAGGCCCUCCUCCUCCUCCUCCUCGAUCCUCCUACUCCUUGUAUCUCUUGCCUUGCUUCGUCUCCUUCCCUGAAUUCAUUCGUAGAUUCUUUGUUCUUCUCCUCCUUCUUCUUCUUCUUCUUCUUCUUUUAAUUUGUU